AUGGCCACUUUACCACCACCCAGAGCCCCUCGGCAGAGUGCUAUGGAUUUCUUCGAUAGUUUCUACGAAUUCGACGAUCAAGGUCAGCUGGUGCUCCAAGAUCUUACGGAAGAGCAACAGACGUCACUCGAGAACUUUGAGAUCACCCUAGAAGAGUCCAAGACAUUCCGUCCCGGCGCGGCCAGUACACACAACAAGUUCGACCGACACCUGAUCGAAUACCGAAAGGCUUGCGUUAACCGUCUGCGAAGUCAGCACCGCAUUGACAACAACGUCUUGCAAGAGCUCGUCGACACCAAGUUCAUGUCUACGCAGUAUGACCAGGAGCUUUUCUUCCCCUCGGAUCGCAAGGAACUUUACAGUCUCUUCAACUACUACCUCACCGUCAUGGCAGCUGUACUCAAACCACGAUCCAACGCAGAUGACCGUCCUCGCUUGACUACCUUGACAUCCCGAAGGUGGUCGCUACUUCACUGGGCGAAGGUCUAUCUUGAGGACCCUCCCAAUAGCCGCGUUCUACAGGUUAGGACCAACGCUGCACUGUUCUAUGCAGUACAGCGCUACGGCAUCAACACCACCCGCAGAAACAAAGCAUACUUCGGCAGACAUGAGGUGCGCUUUCUCAUCGACUAUGACCUGGCCCAUACCGACUCGUUCGAUGCUGCGGAAUCGCAUCAUCUGGCAUGGACCAUCGCAAUGAUCACUGGCGUGCGUCCUGGAGCCAUCGGCCGAACCCAGUUCCGCAAAGACGCAUACCUCAGAUGGACCGAUAUUCAGAUCACAAGAAACCCAGCCCAUGUCCAACGCUUCAACGUCACGAUCACGUUCCCGUACAUGAAGGGCUUCCAAGACCCGAGCGCUGUGGAUACCGCAUGGAACGAUGAGGGUUAUCUACGCCUCUCAAUCGAACCACCGGAGAGUGCCGAGAACAUUCCCUUGUCCCCUGCGUACCGUCUGCUCGCGAUUGCGCUCAAGAGAGGCCUUUUGGCUGGGUACAAGACCUACCAAGACCUCUUACAGGGUGAUGAACUCAACAUUCUCAUCAAAGACGACCAUCUCAGCGACCCGAUCUUCCCUGCACUAGGCGCCCGUGGUCUCAGCCUCGACACUACGAAAGCUGCAUCAUCCAGCUCAUUCACCCAGUACCUCAACCUGCGCGCUAAUGCCGCUGGAUUUCAAGGCAUCACAAUGUACGCUUUUCGAAGAGGGGCCGCUUCAGCCGUCGACAAAGCCGCAGGCAGAUCGGCCGUUCGAAUGUUCAUGAAUCACAACCCUCAAUCUAUGACAUUCGAGAAGUCAUAUGAGAACGCAAACUUCAAUCUGGAUGUGGCAGCCAUUGCGUACGAUGCCAUUCCUCAGAACACUGGGGCCACGAACGUUCCUGUACUGUACCGCGCCGAGCUUGUAAUGACACCCGAGCAACUCGCUUCGCAAGUCGAGAAGUACAUCGGCCUUCAUGCUCAGACUGACUCUCCUGAGUAUCACCUCCAACGUCGUCGCCUGAAAAGACAGGCCAUGGCCGCACUGAGACAGCAAGCCGUCGAAAUUCAUCGCAAGACCUUCACAUUGACUGAGCUGAAGCACAGAGUGGCCGAGCUGAAGUCACCAUCUAGAUUUAUGGAGAUGAUCACUCUCCGUGCACAAGCGAUGGAGUCUACGAAGAAGGCAGCACUUCAUAGGGGUAUGAAUGAUGACGACGCUGCGGCCGAAGAUGACGAGUUGGAUGAAGAGUUUGAACAUGAUGAUGACCACGUUGUCGACCUUGAGCAGAAUCUCGAACUCCGUCUUGAUGAGAGCUCCUCCGCUCUCGUGCCAUCGAGUACUUCGAAGGACGUGCCUUAUCCUAGAAGACCUGCCCCUUCUCCUGCUAAGCCGGAUACGCUCAAGGUUAACUACACGGCCAACGUGAAGACAGCUGCUAGUUUCGUCAGAGGCAACUCACAGAUUUUCAGAACUUUUACCGAUGAGUCACAGCAAGAGUGGCUGCAGUUGCUCCGAGGUUAUCAAGAUCGCAGAUUCGAGAACACCGGCGAGCCUUAUCUACGGGUGGAGGGAGUCUAUGAGAAACUGCUCCGCCAGUCCGAGCUCGGUCCUCCAAAGAUGCGAGGUGAGAUCGCGGACAUACAUCUCACACUCUCUACCGACGUCCCGAGUGAUCUAGACCAGAUUCUCACGACCCCAUACGAGUCUUCGUUGUCGGCCUUCUUUGAACUGAUGCUUGAGGGUCAAUCGCUCUCUUCGGGUGCUGCUCGCCAGUGUGCCGAGUGUCUCGCAGAUGAUACUCUUAAGCACGUUGAGAGGUACAAAUGGUGGGAGAGUCUUUCGAAAUUAACCCGCCAUCAGGAGACCAAGAUCCAUGCUCCACAUCAGAAGUGGAUCCGCAAGACUAAACUGUCUAUAGAGAUUCACCCUGAGCACAAAGCUUCUUGUCUUGAUUGUCAGAAUGAGUAUGCGAGAUACGAGGAUCUCAGCAAUCAUCUCACAACCCUUGUAAAGAAUGGGGUGACAGAGACUGACCCGCAUUAUGCCCAACUGGUUGCUGAUGGGUUUUUCAACCCCAACUUCAACUACAGUCGUCGGGCGCAGUCGACUCAUGAUAGAGCACUCCGUACUCGUGACGAUGUUGUCGGAGGGCGCAAGGGCAAGAAGGAUGUCCCUCUAUCCACAACUCGCCCGGCAUUGCUUCCUAGUGCUCCAUCCGAGUACCCGACAUCGAUCGUUGUUGGUCCACAGGCCUACGAUCCUAGCCUCCUUGCUUACCCUGAAGCCUUCAGGAACAUGCCCAGAUUGACACCGCAGUCUUUCCGUGAAGACAUCACAGCAAGAGGUCUUGACGGCCUUUUCGUGACGUACGUCAACCCCGUUGAUCCUGCAAACCCUGCCGGCAGAGAGUACAAGGAACAUCUCGAGUCGAGAUCGACUGAUCACCUUCUUGAUUGGGGGGUUCCACGCCAAGGCGACACGAAAGGGAAGCGCAAAGCACCUGGAGCUGGCGAACCGACUGUUCACAGACUCUGA